UGUUAUCGACAGCAUGUUCAUACUGCGAAUGUUCCUUGAAAAUGUUCACCUCGGUGUGUUGUUUAUUGUCCUUUUAUUCAGGUGGUGUUUUCCUCACUACUGUAUCCACAGCAGGUAUGAUCGCAGGGUUCGGGUCCACCCUUGCCAUGGCUAAGAAGAAGAGUCCUGGCUGGUUUCAUAAGGGUGUAAUAGGAACUGCUGCGGUGCCAGAAAGCGGUGCGUCGUUAGCGUUGCGGGCGUUGGGAUGGGGCUCCCUUUACGCCUGGUGUGGGGUUGGUCUCCUGAGCUUCACCGUUUGGAAGGCUCUAGGCAUCCACAGCCGGAAGGAAUUUCGUCAGAAAAUGCAGUCCAUUUUCCCCGCCAUUCCCAAAAAGGAAGAGGCUCAAGAGAAUUCUGCUCCAUUUGACUGGAAUUCCAUCUUCAAGUCAAAAUGAGAAACAAUUACAGUCCAUUAUCAAGAAUGCACAACCUUAACUGACUGCCUGGAAAGAUUAUUUAUCAGAUGGUCAGUCUGGUUAAGUGUGAGGCAACCAGUCGGUUCAAACAGCCAAUUUUAGAUCCAGUAUCAAGUUUGAGGUCACAGCACUGGAAAAUGCCUCGAUGAAGGCCUGGACAAUUCAACAUGGUUGUUUGUCUCAAUUUCUUGUGCCACACUGGAUUUUUCACAGCCUGAGCCAUGAGACAUUUGACUCUGCACUUGCAGUCACAAGUGUGGAAGUUUUAUGUUUGUACGUACUGUACUAUCUCAGUUAUUUAAUUAGCUUUCUUUCUUUUUUUGGCAACCAUACUUUUGGCACAUUUGUGUGGGCCUAGCAAAUAUUACUGCCCUUUGGCUGGUGGUGUUUAUACAUUAAAUAUCAAACUAAAGCAGCCACUGUGUUAAAGUGGCAUCAUGUGAUGACAAGGUCUAAUAAAAGCUUCAAGGGACAGAGGAUGAAAACAUGUGCCCUGCAGUGACUGAAGAACAGCUACAGAACGACAGUCUUGCAUCAGUGUGCGUCAGUGUGAGCGUUUUCUAUGCAUUUAGGGUCGUGUAAUCUGGUUAAACUGUGGAUGUGACAGAAGCAGCACAGAGCACUGGAUAGACAGGAAAAAAACGUUAACCAGAACGUUAACAAGAACCCAUUAACCUUAACUGCCAGGAAACGCCGUCUUUUGCUUUUUAAAUAUUACAAUAUUGAGGAUAAAUAAAGAAUUUUUUUUGGGCACCGACACGAAAAAAAAUAACACCACUGAAAAACGACGUUCACAGUGCUCGACCAAAUUUCAUGUACAUUUACUUUUAACAUGUGGAACAUGUAUGAAGACUUUAUACUGAAUAAACAAUGGUCAUCAAAUCAUAUGGAGCAAAAAGAGCUUACAUAAAGAGUUGUACAUAUUUUUUGUUAAAAUCAUUAAGUCGUUUUGGGGUAACGUUCACAUUGAAUUACAUUUAUUCCAUCAGACGUCUUUCAGUUAGCUUGUAAUUUCCAAACUCUAAGGCCAUUAGAGGGAGCCACAGCUAUCUCUGGCACACAGAACUCUAUUAUAGGACACACAGGAAAGUCUUUGGGGGCGUUCGUUCACACAGGACAAAUUCUUGCAUCCUUCGGAACUGAACAGGCGUGUUUAUGCAUUCCCAUAUACAGUUGCUAAUAUGCAUGUUCGAUCCACUGGAGAUGCUUUUUCAGCACCCAAAUUCAGCUGAAUGGUCCAUUGUUGUAAAGCCAGCUUUGCAGCGUUUCAAAAUAUGCAUUUCAACUUCAACAGCGUCUUGAAAGACACCAGUGCAUCAUCACAACCACCAAAGAUGUCUGUUGGGCAUGUGCACAUAUGACCAACAAUUAAAUAAAAAUAGCGCAGAUCAAAUGCAAGAACCCACCCUGAGUGAACGGCCCCUUACAUGUUUCAAGACUUAAUAUUAAUUUUCAAAAUGUCAAUAGCAUGUAGCAUAAACUACUCACUUUGUAUAAUACCACAUCUCUUGGAGAAAAAAAAAAUGUGAAAAGAGGCCCAUUUAAUGUACAGUUCUUAUAUACAUAUCGACCGGUGGGUAUAGAAUAGAGAAGAGGGGUAACCGAAGCACUUUGAGUUUUGAGAGGACCCUCUGUGGCUGCACUAAUAUGGAAGCAAGUCAGUUUAGAACCAAUACUCGCUUGACCCUCAGAUACUGGUGUGGUGAAACAGUGCAAUACUGGUGGUCAUUCACAUUUCAUUAUCUCCCCUCUGAGCCAGCUAAAUCUAUUGCACAAUGCUUUUUUCAGAGCUGUAUACAUGUAUGUCUUAAAAUCAUUUUUUGUUUUGUUUUUUGUUCUUUGAUCGCAACACAUUGCAAGAGAAAUUCUAUCUACAACAUGUCUCACAAUUUAAAUAAAUCUGCAUUCCCCGAAUAAACAAAGUCCCACAAGAAAACAAACGAAACACUGCAUUAAAAACAUUCUGAGCAAAAUACUCUAAAAACUAACGGUAUCAGAUGCCAACUUUGGUUAAAACAAAUAAAAGAAAAUACACAUGAAACAAAACGAAACAAAUAAAAAAA